ACUUGCUGUGGAGGUGUUCCGUGCCUCGCUCCCCUGCUGUAAACUCGUGUCAGUGGCUGUAGGUGAAUACGCGGCUCCUUGAUCCUUGUGCAGUGUAAACAGUCGUGUCUUGAGAUCCUUCUCAGCUCACGGGGAAGAGGAUGAGUGAGGUGGAUGCCGGGCUGAGAGAACAAAGUGCCUAGUGAACUGGUUAAAGUGUGCUAAUCAUGAGCUGUAUUGUGGAAAGUGUCUCCCGGGUGAAGCUGGCAGCCGCUGCUCCACACGGGGUAGACGACGCUCUGGGUGCAGCAGCAGCAGCAACAGGCGCCGUAGGACAAUUCACGGCUGCUGUGCUUAGUAGUGCAGAGAGUGCAUUACGUGCAGCUACGGGGGAUGCAGUGGGCGUGGCGAGGAAGGCAGCGUCAUCGAAGCCAGCCAGGGAAGCGGCCGAGAUAGCCGGCAAUGCACUAGAGGGGGCGGGGAUGACACUCCAGCAGGCUGGCUACGCCCUCAAACACCUGCCUCCACUUGCCCAAGUGAAACCUAAAAGCAUGAUGGAGGAGUACGCCCCGCUGAUGGGCGGGGUGGUGGCGGCGGCGGCCGUGGUGGCAGCAACCUACUACCUCACCCGACCACCCUCCGUCCAACCACUGGUCGACCUGGACGAACAGUGUCAUAUAAUUAAAGAGGGUACAGAACUUAUUCGGGUCUCCAGACUAACGAAGGAGGCGCGGGAGGGGAAGUUUAUGAAGUUUCUGUACGAGGACACCCGGACACUCUACGAUGUCUUCCGCCGAGGCGUCAGGGAGUCCAACAAUGGCCCAUGCCUGGGAGCAAGAGAGGGCCCUGGAAAGCCCUACCAGUGGCUGCACUACAAUGAAGCACUUUUAAGGGCAAAAAACUUUGGUGCUGGUCUAGUGGCUUGUGGUCUGAGCCCCGGACCCGAGACCUUUGUCGGCAUCUACUCGCAGAACUGUCCAGAGUGGAUCCUCACUGAACAAGGUCUCUACUGUCAGUCUAUGGUCAUUGUGCCACUAUAUGAUACACUGGGACCAGAGGCAUGCAAUUUUAUUAUAAACCAAGCCUCGAUCAACACGGUGGUUUGCCAGGAUGACAGCAAGAUGAACCAGUUGUUGCAGAACCCACCCAAAUGUCUCCAGACUCUCGUUGCUAUCAAAGACGUCAGUCCUGAAACUGCUGAUCUCGCAAAAAAAUGUGGAAUUGUUAUCAAGUUCUUCGAAGAAAUUGAAACUCUUGGUGCUGCGAGUGAUCUUCCAGAGUUGCCGCCGCAGCCAGAGGAUCUAUGCACCAUCUGCUACACAUCUGGUACUACUGGUAAUCCUAAGGGUGUUAUGUUGACACAUGAAAAUAUUGUUGCAGAUGUUUCUGCAACACUCCUACAGCUCGCUGAACACAAGCCACAUAAAAGUGAUGUGAUGUUGUCCUUCUUGCCUUUGGCCCACAUGCUAGAGCGUUGUUGUGAAGUUGCCGUUUAUAUAGCUGGCGGUGCUGUAGGCUUCUACUCGGGCGACAUUCGUAACCUUCCUGAUGAUUAUAAAGCCUUGCGCCCAACCAUCACACCAUCUGUCCCUCGCCUCCUAAACCGUGUUUAUGAUAAAGUAACAUCAUCAGUUAAUGGGUCUGCCAUUAAGAAGCUCAUGUUGAAGAUGGCAGCUGCAAGCAAGAAAGCUGAAAUAGAAAGAGGUGUGGUCAGAAGAUCAUCAAUCUGGGAUAAAUUAGUAUUCAAGAAAGUGCAAGACGGUAUGGGAGGCAGACUGAGGCUGCUGGUGGUUGGCUCGGCACCUCUGGCAGGCAAUGUCCUCACGUUCAUGAGAGUCGCAUUAGGAUGUGUUAUUGUUGAAGGAUAUGGCCAAACAGAAUGUGGUGCUCCUGCAACUUUGACCGUCCAAGGCGACUACCGCCCUGACCACGUAGGCCCUCCUAUUGCAUGUAAUGCUAUCAAGCUCGUCGAUGUCCCCGACAUGGAUUAUUAUGCCGCUCAAAGUCAGGGUGAAGUUUGUAUUAAAGGUUCCAAUGUAUUCAAAGGCUAUUUUAAGGAUCCAGAGAAGACUCGGGAAGCAGUUGACGCAGCGGGAUGGCUACACACCGGCGACAUCGGCCAGUGGCAGUCUAAUGGCACAUUGAAGAUUAUUGAUCGCAAGAAGCACAUUUUUAAGCUUUCACAGGGUGAAUACAUUGCCCCUGAGAAAAUCGAAAAUAUAUACGUACGAUCACAGUAUGUCGCUCAAGUGUUCGUACAUGGUGAAAGUCUGAAGUCAAGUGUGGUGGGCAUUGUUGUACCAGAGGUGGAAGCUGUUAAAGAAUGGGCAAGGGAACAAGAAAUUCCUGGUACACUUUCAGUUCUUUGUGCCAAUCCUCACGUUAAACAGCUCAUUAUGGAUGAUAUUACAAACCUCGGCAAAGCAGCUGGUCUGAAGUCCUUUGAGCAGGCCAAGGAUAUAUAUCUCCACCCCGAUCUCUUCAGUGUCCAGAACGGUCUCCUUACCCCUACUCUCAAAUCCAAGAGAUUACAACUCAAAAAAUACUUUACUCCACAAAUUGAUGAUAUGUAUGCUAAACUGCCCUAGAUCAGAUUGAUCUGUUACUUAGGUCAAAUAAAAAUCUUUUUACCGAGUGAGAUUUUGACUGUUGUGCAUGUUGGGUGUGUGAUAUGUGCAAGACUGUAUUAUGAAUGCCUAUUGAAAAAAUUGACUUGUGCCUCAUAUUGUCUGUACUUAUUAUAUGACAAUUACAUAUGUAAUUACCUACUAUAAAAGAACUUGUCUACUGAUUACUUGGACAUGGCUUAGGUUUGAAAACAAACUAGACACCUACGUAGGGAAGAAACGGCUUCCCUUUCUUCAAACUGGCCGUUUUAUAUAUUAUUCACCAAAAUUUAUAAUUAAAUAAAACUGUAGAACUAUAAAAGAUAGAUUAUAAAUAUAUUACAGCAUUUUUUAGAUUGUGGUUAUGAGUAAAUUAACUUACGUACACUUAUUGCAAAAAUUAACCAAAGUUGCUUGGCAUAUUGUAUUUCUUUUGCCUCAUUAUUAUUAGUAGAAAACAUUUAGAUAUGUGAAAUAAAUUUGAAUAUUGUACAGUUAAAGAAUUAAUAUAAAUAGUUAUUUACUGUAUGCAGUUUAUUAUCUUUCAAUGUUUUUUGUGUAUUUAUGUAAGAACAAAGUAGACUGGUACACUUGACUGUCACAAUUAUUCUUUUUGUUUUAAUGUCCAGUCAUUGAUAAAAUGUGUGGCAGUAUUUUUUUAUUUUUAAAUACAUAUUUAUUAGUGAAGUAGGCCAAUGAUGUGCGUUUCAAUUGUCUGUGUUAAUACAAGUUAUAAUGUAAUAUGAUCACAACUGUAAGAAAAGCAGGUUUAAAAGUUACAGGAUAAUUCCGUGUUUAUGAAAUGGGAAUAAAUGUUUAAGAGUGUUAGGCACCAUACAUUCUAGCCGAGGGAGAGAGGUGUAUUCCAUAAUGUUAAUUACUCGAAGCAAGUUUACCUGUCCAGAUUGUGCAAUAGGUGUGUAUGGUCAUAAAGAAGGCUAUGGAAGUAAACAAUAUUCUAGUCAACGUCAUCAUAUCUCACAAGAUGGCAUUGCCUUAGGUGCUCAGUUUGUGUGGUUGCUUGUACUGUGUAUUCAGUAUUUUAUAUGGUAUUCCUUUUCAAAUUGUACUAAUGUCACCGAGUUUUAAUCUUCAGAACUUUUUUUUUUUUUUAAAUAUGAGCAGCUAGAAAAAAAAAAGGCAGAAUAAUCUUGUAUAGUAUUAGGUACUAUGUCACAAAGUGACAUAGUACCUUGCAGUGUUCUCUGUAAAUAGUCCCUGCACAGUUGAACUUGGGUGGCACUGUAAUUUACAUACUCCCAUAACUGGAGAGAACAGAUUUCCUUUCUGUCUAAAUUUCAGUUAAUGUGAAAACAAAUGAAAAUGCCUUAUUUCCCAGUAUUCUUCAUUCAGUGUUAAUAUUGUAUCAUAGAAGUAAAAAACUUAAAAACUGUUAGAUGAAUCUUUCAUAUUUACAGAAUAGAUGGGUGGAAAACUUAAAAUGUUUUUCAUAAAAUUAACCAAUGAGAUUCCUUAGAGAUUACACCGUUCCCUUUUCCUUACUACGACACCAAGCAUUACCGGUGAGCUUCAGACUACCAUAGACAUCACUUAUUAAAGCUGAAACUGUUGGAUGUAGUAAGAAGUCUUAUUUCACUUAUUUUCUUACGUUCAGAAUUUAUAGUAUUUUGUAAAGUCUCACAAUAAUGUACAUAUGAAUAUCGGCUUUCGGCUAAUAACCGAAAUAUUUAUCAAACGUUGAUAGAAUUUUCAGCAUCAUUCAGUUUGUAGUGCCACCACACCAGAUAUGUUAAUUAACUUUUCUUCUCAAGCAACGCAUUAACAUUUGUGUUAACAUGAUUUGUUAUUUCUCUAAAUUGCAUAUAUAAGCAAAUUUACACUCAGACUUCUCUCUUACUAUCAGAAUCAACUUAUCGUCCCCCUUAUUACUUUAUGUAUUUUUGAAAUUUAUUAAAAGGAUAACUAACUAUUUAAUAGUAUCAUGUCUUUCUUUGGUUAUGGACUUGUAAAAUAUACAAUUCUUGGAGCUA